UAGAAACAUAAAUUUGAGAAAAAAUUGAAUAUACCGCAAUAAAAGACGUAUCCUCGCAUGCAACAACUAAUCGUAAAAGAGUCAAAGGCGGCUAAUAGCUAGUUAGUAUUAAUCUCAAUCGCGGUAAUCUCUUCACGAGUAACGAAUCCUACUAAUAUAUACCCGAAAAAAAUGAAAACCUCUCGAUCCGUACAGGUACGCGUCUCAAUCGCGACUGUUAUCCCAACUCUCGUCACACUCAUCCCUCCCGUCGAUAUCCCCAAGUAUAAUAUUGCGCAAGCUUUCGAAAUAUCCAACGGCGAUCGAUCGAAUCAUUCGCUAAUCCCGAAGGGAGGUGUGAGCGCGCGCGAUCGACUCCUUCUUUUUCUUUCGUUCAUAGCUGAUAAGAUAAUGAGCCCCGACGAGACGAUCAGGAUUUGUAUAUUUACGAAAUGACGGAAGCUUGGACGAUGAGUUGAAUUUUAAGUGUCAUCGACUGCGAGGAUGUCGAUGCCUGACCUGCGUUUAAUUGCUGUUCUACUGGUUGCAUGCGGCGCACGGCUGUGCACUGUUGAUGCUGCAUCUGAGCCCGCCGAGGGAAGCAAAAAUGAUCAUCCAGACAAAAUUGGCCUGCUGCCUCAAAGCUACGGCAUGGGCUUACCGGACGACGAGGUGGACUGGUCCCGUCAUCCCUGCCGCAGGCAAUGCCGCUCCGACCGAGAACCUCUGACCUGCCGCUACGGCCUGACCGUCGAGCGAUACAUCAGCAUGAGCAAGGCCUGUUACGAUUGCCCGCGAAACCUGACCGAUUGCUCCAGACCACACUGUAUUCCAGGGGACGGCACCGAGAAGAUGGUCAUCGUGGCGAACAGGAAGCUUCCGGGACUCUCGAUCGAGGUAUGCAAAGGCGACCGUCUGCUGAUGGACGUGACGAACAAGCUGCCGACCGAGACGACGACAAUACACUGGCACGGUUUGCAUCAGCGGGGAACUCCAUUCAUGGACGGAGUUCCCUACCUCACCCAGUGUCCCAUCAUGCCUGGAGAAGUUUUUCGCUACGAUUUUAUUGCCGAUCGCCCAGGGAGCUUCAUUUGGCACUCUCACAGUGGAGAGCAACGAGCUGACGGUCUCUUCGGCGCUCUAAUAGUCCGCUCACCUCCCGAGGAGAAUCCCUACGCCGGAGUUUACAAUGAAGACGACAAACUCAUGGUGAUCAACGAGUGGACGCACAAGACGGGAUCGGAAGUCUUCGUUAUGCAGUAUCAGAACGGUCAAGGUUCAUUACCGAGCGCGAUUUUGGUCAAUGGAUUGGGAAGACUAAGUUAUUCGGAAGCUGAGAAUAUGCCGUUGGAGGUUUUCCAAGUUGAAGAGGGCAAACGGUACAGGUUUCGACUCGCUAAUCUUGGAUCACAAGACUGUCCUAUCCACGUGUCUAUCGAUGAUCAUCCUAUGCUCGUUAUCAGUGCGGAUGGUGCAGACAUCGAACCAGUUGAAGUUGACUCCAUCCGUAUAUUGACGGGUGAGAGAUACGACUUCGUGCUUUCGGCCGACCGACCGGUCGACAACUACUGGAUCCGCUUCACGGGAGAUAUAAUCUGUCGAUUUUUGAGGACUACUCAACUAGCAAUUCUACGAUAUCGAGGAGCCAAAAUAGUCGAGCCUAAGGCUGAUCCCGAAGAUCCAAAUGGGUCAACUGAAAUUAGGGAAUUGAAUCCAUACGACAAGGGAACAGAAACCCCCGAUGCCAUUUGCAUCGCUCAUCUAAAUGCUCUGGAGCCUGACGAUAUUUCACUGACGCGUGAACCGGAUCAUCAGUUUUUUAUCACCAUUGAUUUGCAGAAAUUGGAUAAUUUUGAUUAUCAUCGAAAGGAUCUUUACGGAUACUGGCAAGUGGAGGGAUCAAAAAGAUCGACGUCGCUUCAGCUGAAUCACAUUAGCUUUAAGAUGCCAAAUUUUCCGCCGCUGACACAGCCAGAGCUCAUCAAACCUAAGCAGUUCUGUAAUUACUCAACAAUAAUCGCGAUAGAAAAAUGCAAGACGGAACACUGUGCUUGCACGCAGACCUUUCAAGCAAGGCUCAACAGUGUUGUUGAGCUUGUUCUGAUUGAUCCAGGCGCCGCCAAAUUAAAUCACCCUAUACAUUUACACGGGUAUUAUUACCGAGUGGUGGCAAUGGAAAAAGUCGGAGACAAGUUAAGCAUCGAGGAAGUGAAAAAGAUGGACCAAGAGGGAAAGAUUCAUAGGAGGCUAGAAGCUGCGCCCUGGAAGGACAGCGUGAUAGUACCUAGUGGUGGAUAUACGAUUGUACGAUUCCACGCUAACAAUCCUGGAUAUUGGUUCUUGCACUGCCAUUUUGACGAGCACGCAAGCAAUGGUAUGGCGCUGGUUAUCAAAGUUGGGGAACACGAAGACUUGCCAAACGUACCCAAGAAUUUUCCGAAAUGCGGAACUCGUUAAAGCUUAAUAUCUAUACGUUUAGAUCAAUGCAUUAAUUCAACUUGAAUUGAUUACUAAUAAUUAGAAUCCACUUAUAGUAAAUAUUGUAUUUUUACACAUUUGGCUAUAUUCAAAGGCGAUGCGAUUGUCGUAUUUAUUUUUGUACAAUAGCCUGUUGAACAGGUGUAAGUUAUUUUUGUAUAGAUGUACAUAUAAUAUAUCCAAUAUAGAAUAGUCUUGAAAAAAGUAAGAAAAGAGUUUGUACUGAUCUCUGCGAGCCAAACAUUUGUUUCUAUUAUCAAUUUUUCAACGCUUUGAAUGCUCUUCAUAUUUAAGUGUUCUUCUUUAAAAUAUUUCAAAGAUCAAAAUUAAGAAGAAGAAAAAAAGACUCGGCUAAAAUGCCGCUAAAAGUCUCUUAAAGUAUAGAUAGACCUUCGAAGCUUACUUUAUCGCAUAUUCUCGCGAUAGUUUGUGUUCUUACUGAUGUUUUGGUCAAAUAUUUUUUUUCUUUUUUCUCUUUUAGUCUUUGUAAUUAAGAUCUAGAAACGUCGAGAAAUAUAGUAUUAAAUUAGCCUUUGGCUCUUUUCUUUUAUGGAUAUAAGCGCGAGCAAUAAAUAUUAUACAAAAUGGAUUCUUGAAUUUUAUAUUAAAACAUAAUGUUAAAAGAUUUGACUUUCGUUAAUACGUACCGAGAUUAGAGGAGGUGUAGAAAAUAGAUGUAACUUUUUUCACGACUCAGCAGCGAUAUAUAAGUAUACGCACUGUUUUAUACGCUGGAGUGUGCUCAGAAGAGAUAAGAUUCAUAAAUAUUCUAAGAUGUCAUUAUUUAUUCUCACUAGAAAGUCCACUAUAUAUAUCGUUCACGUUAUUAGUUUUACUAUAAUGUUUCCACAUUUUUAACUAUCGCUUUUCUUUGGUAGAAGCUGUGAUAUAUUAAUUCAACCAUCUCUGGCCAGUAAAGUUCCCAGCUUUCAAAAUUGUUUAAUUUCUUGAAAAAAGAAAUGGAACGUAAACAAAAUAGGAGAGUGAAAAUCCUUUUUUGCCUUAGUUUAUUUCUAACGCUCGAAAACUCAGCUAUUAUUUAUGUUCCAAUGUUCGCCACCUCGUUUGAUUUACAUGUAAAUGCUUGGCGCUAGUGUACUCUUACCAAGGCGAAUGCGGAUGAAAGAUGUAUUUUCACAUAUCGGCGGCUGGAAGAAAGAAGUAGUCGAUUCAGUGAAGUCUUCAAAAAGCAGCUAUUUCAGGCUUAAUAAAUUUCAUUCAAAAGCUAUCCAUCUCAGAAAUUUCUUGCCGUGCGCCGAAACGACUGGUUGUACAGUUGUUUCUCGAGAUAGCAUUCCGAAGCAAAUUUCUGAAAUAGCUGCUUUUAGAAGCCUCCACAGGGUUGACGCCUUCUGCCUCUCACUCAUAGAUAUGCAACAACCAAUAAUAAAAGAGUCAAAGCAAGUUCAUAGUUAUGAUUGAUACCUAAAUGUUAAUCUCAAUCGCGAUCAUCCAUUUCGUAACACAAUGCCCACUAUAUAAUAACCAAAACAGAUGAAAAUCUCGUGAUCCGUUCAGGUAUACGCGCCCCGAUAGCAGCUGUCACUCGAUUCCUCCCAUCAAUAUACACCUGCGUGAGUACUUAAUUGCAUAAGCUUUCAAAACAUCCAGCAG